UGUGUGAGUGCGUGAGUGUGUGUGUGUGUGUGUGUGUGUGUGUGUGUGUGUAUGUAUGUGUGCGUUCCCAGAUUUUAGCCCUCGUCGAGGUUCAGAAUGUCUAGCUACUGCUUCUCCUAGGAGAAGGACUCUGAGUUCAGCAUCCCUGUUAGAGUCCUUAAGGGCUGGGACGGCUCCAGCAGGCUUUAGAUCCCUUUGCUAGGAAUAAAGACUUCCCUGGUAGUGCACUUAGGAAGUGCCCUUCUCCUGCCGGUUUGCACCACCACCUCUUCAGCUCAGGGGAAGGGGAGAAGAAGGUCUCUUUACUGUAUCUCAGUUUACACUUGACCUUGUCCAGCACCUGUCCAGAGGCUCCCACCUGCAGAAGAGCCACCUGCAGUUCCUGUGGAUAGUGGGAAGGGUCCCCCUCAGGCUUGCAGAGCCACACCCUCUGGCUGCACCUCCCCCACUGUCCAGUCCAGGCAAGGGUGGAAUUUGGGGCUUUGCUGGGAGCGGGUGGGGGAGGUGAUAGGCUUCAAAGGAAAACCCAAGACAAUGACUCCUGACUGUGAUUGGCUUUGGAGGGCCCCAUCUUAGGUUGGGAUUGCCAACUUGCAGAGAGGAGGUGGAAGGGCAGGAGGGGAGCCCCUGCCAGGUGACUGGCAGGACAGCACUUGGCCCUUUCAGCGGGAAACCUUGUUUCCUGGUACUGAUAAAGUGUAGUUCUCUCACUCCCCUUUGGGAAACACUGUCCAAAGAAUACCGUGUGCCUGUUUUGCCAUCCAAGCGGGCAUCUCCUCGCUGUCCAGGGAAGAGGGCAGGAUAGGGACCACAGAUAGCUCAAGGACAGGAUGGGAUGGAGGGAGGGUUGAAGCAAGCACUUCAGAGAGAGCUCGCAUUUGAGAAAGCCAAGAUUUCUGAAUUUAACUGAGCUUUCUUAAAUACUUUACCAACCCACAGACCAUUUGGCUUGUUCUUCAAAGGCGAGAGACUGGGAGACAGAAUUCCCAGGGGACCUCUAAUUGACUCUGGCAAUGACAAACACUGUCUCUCUGUAUCCUUAACCAUUCAGGUAGUUGCUUUUCUGGCUGCCUCAGGGACCCUAAGGGGUUCCUGGUGUGUGUAUAAGGGGUUGGCUUGGGAGCUCACGAUGCUGCGUGGCUCCACGCUCAGACUUCCAAGAGCCAUCGGGUGGAGCAAGUGGAACUUCUUUAUCAGCAAGAAACUCAUGUCAACAACCUGAGGAGUUUAGGCGGCGAGUGAGGUCACAGACAGAGGGCUAAAUUUCACUUCCUUCUGUGAGGCAGGUUGUACGAAUCUCAGGUUCAGCGCUGACAGGAGUGGUAGGCUGUGGGGGAAGAUUUGAAGUUGUGGAGACUAGUGAGUAGACUGAGCUGGGGUAGGCUGGCCGCUUUGCUGGAUGCUGGACCUCCCCUCUAGGCUAAGCUGUGGUGGGCAGACAGCUGUACUCUGCUGAGAAGGCAGCUGCAAUGACUAACCUGGGUUUUUCUCCGCUCUCUCUCCCAGGACACACUCUUACCACAUCGUUCAGCCUGUUUGUUGUGUUGAGCAAGCAGGGGGUGGAGACUAGGGUCUUGGGUAGGGCUUAGCAGGUUUGGAGGGAACCUGGCCACUCUAGGACUGCUGGCUUUUGUUUUUUGCUGCUGAGCCCGGAGCUCAGCUCAGAGUGAGAUGAGAGUUUGGUGGUUACUCCUCAGGCCGGGGAGAUGGAGCCACCCCAGUGUGUGGAGGAGCUGGAGGAUGAUGUGUUCCAGCCAGAGGAUGGGGAGCCGGGGACCCAGCCUGGGAGCUUGCUCUCUGCUGACCUGUUUGCCCAGAGCCAGCUGGACUGCCCCCUCAGCCGUCUGCAGCUCUUCCCUCUCACGCACUGCUGUGGCCCUGGGCUUCGACCCACCAGCCAGGAAGACAAGGCUACCCAGACUCUCAGUCCAGCCUCCCCAAGCCAGGGUGUCAUGCUGCCUUGUGGGGUGACUGAGGAACCCCAGCGACUCUUUUAUGGCAAUGCCGGCUACCGGCUCCCCCUCCCUGCCGGUUUCCCUGCAGGCUUGCCCCUUGGUGAGCAGCCCGCUGAAGGGCAGUGGCAACAUCGAGCAGAGGUACAGAUUGCCCGAAAACUUCAGCACAUUGCAGACCAGUUCCAUCGGCUUCAUAUGCAGCAACACCAGCAGAACCGAAAUCGCGUGUGGUGGCAGAUCCUCCUCUUUCUGCACAACCUCGCUUUGAAUGGAGACGAGAACAGGAAUGGGGCGGGUCCCAGGUGAGGCUGGGCUGCCCUCUUCACAUGGGGCACCACGGAAGGACAUCGGCGAGGACUGACACUGUGUCUUGUGAAGUUGUUGUUGUUUUGUGUUUUUAUUUUAAAAAUUUCUCUCUGUGUACAUAAGACAUACCCAAACGGGACCUCUUUCCCAGUUCAGGGCCUCGACCAGGAAUGGGGCCCUUUGUCAAACACUGUUGAAGUAGAGGCUGGUGUGUCUGUGAUGUGGGACCUCCCAAGGGCUCGGACAAGUAGAUCCUUCGGUCGUCAGUGGUUGAAGACAACCAGGUAGUGAUGUGCUCCGGCGAGUGGACUGUAGUUUUCCCACAGGAACUUAUUUAAGAAAUAGGAGACUGGAUUAGACUCCUGGUUCCACCAAACCCAUCAGCCUUCCACUGUGGAUGGGGCCCAGAUCCGACGGGUCACACUGCUUUAACCCACCAGGGCCUCAGACGGGGCCUUUCCAGCUGCGUGUGGCAACUUCACUUGGUCGGUCAGCCAGCUCCGCGUCUGGGUUCUCCUUGGGCCCAGCCACUGCCCACCCCAAGGGCUCAGGGAUUCUCGCCCAGCCCCUGUCAUCUCCAGCAGACCUCAGGGAGGGUUGGGUUUCUCCAUGGACCCCUCAAAUGUGCCGCGAAAAUGAACCAAACUUCUGGGUAGGCCUCAUGUCUGACUUGGUCCUACUCGGAAGCCCCAGGAUUGGUCCUGAGGUGCAGAACCACUGCCCCCUCUGGCUGCCUGGGACUGUCUGGGUGUCAACCAUGGAUGAGCCAAGUAGCCAGUCAGUGUGCUGUAGCCAGCAGCUUGUGCCUUAGUCAGCUCUUGUUUUGAAAGACCCGGCCAACAGACAGCGUCCCACCCCCCAUAGCAGCGCUCUAGCACCGGAAGGGACAGGAUUGCAUUGCGGUGGCUCUGGGAAACGAGGCGGCCAUCCCACCUCUAAGAGUCAGCCUUGAGGAACCCAGACCCCUUGGUUUCCUUGGAAACCACAUACCUCCUCCCUUUUAUCCCCAUUCCUUUCUCACACCUAGUGGGAUACAGGAAGAAGCCAGCACAGCGGCUUUGUCAGCUGAAAUGUGUCUUUUAGAGUAACAGACAGUGAUUAGAGUGCAGAACUGUCAAAGCUGGGUACACACUUCCUGUCUUCCUUCAGCUUCCAGCCAGGCCAGAAAGGCCUGCUCUGGAACUCAGCAGGAUCACAGAUGCCUCUGAACUUCUUCCCUUCUCUCCCUGCUGUGGCACUAAUGGAGAGAAUUUAAAGCAGCCAGUCUGGCAGCUCUGAGAGCAGACACAGGGAAUCUGAAAAGACACAGGGAAUCUGUUAACCUAGAAAUUAAAUUAUCAUUUUUGCAUAUGUGAGAAAAGUUAACAUUGGUGCUAACGGUGAAGCAAGGCCCAAGGAAAAGAUGGCUUCCCUGGGCAGAGAAGACCCCAGGGCUACCCAAGGAAAUUGGAGGAGUCCUGAGUAGACUCUCAAAUCUGAACGAGCCCAAGCUCCUCUAAUUCUGCAGCGAGGAGGUCUUUGUUACCGUCGAAGGACACAUUGAUCUUCCUCAUGUACGGUCAGGCAGGUUGUUCACUGCACAAGGCCACCUGCAGAGGAAGGUAAUGGAAGCUAGAAUCCAGCCUGUGCUCUGCUCACUAAGCUGUAUGCCCUAGUGUAGGGCUGUGUCUGCUUACAGGAAGGGGUGCCUUUCCUAAUUUGCACAAAGGUGCCCUAUGGGCUCACAGUGGCUCGGAGAGGGACUUCAAACUGCAUAAGCCUUGGUUUUGUUCUGCUUGCAUGUUCUGGAGGUAUUACCUAUUCUUGGACAGAAUUGUAUUCUCAGGGCGUGUACCAUGGUUUGUCUGCUAAGAAGAUAGGUUCCUGCUUACAAGAAGGAACCCAGGGAACAGGCAUGAAGACUGGCGCUGGGACACGCUGACCAUUGUGAAAUCCAGCCUUCCCUGUGUGUCUCCACACCAUUUUUUGACGCGCAUAGGACAUGUGUUGUUUUUCCCUCUCCUGGACCAAGGCUGUGAUGGGCAGGCUGCUGGUGUAUCUCUGAGUGGCACACACAAGAAAACCAGGAUUAUUUCUACCAGCCACUUUCAUCUACUCUCCGCAGACUUUCCACGUGAGCUGAGUGAGAGAGCAAAUAAAUGGUCCAGGCCUUGGUGCCGAGGCAAAGCCAUCAGCUUCAGAGACCUUGCCGGGCCUGGGGGGGAUGUCCUGUGGCCUGUCCUGAGAACUGAGCCCAGAGUUUGAGAAGCUCAGCUGAACGUCGCGCCUGGGGCCGGGUGGAGGGUCAUCUGACUGCACUGUCUCCAUCUUCUGUGAAGCCAGGAACUAACUCACUAUCCUAAGCAAGCCAGGGCAAGAUGUACAACGCCUCUCCUUCCCCUCCCCCCAGAACCCAAGAGGUAGAAUAGCCCCAAGAGGAAGAGAGGUUCCUCCUGGCUGGCUGUUUUUAAUUGGCCUAGUGGUCUAGACUGGCCCCUUCCCCCUCUGCCUGGUGAGUUGGUCUGAACAUUCCUCAAGUCCAACCUCAGGACACAUGUCCCUCCCCCUGGGCUCCCUCUCCCCGUCCCCCAGGAGCUUGGCUGUCUCUAGUUAGGGAGUGGAGAAUCAGAUUCAGAGGGAGGGACAGUCUGACCUGGCUCCUGACCUGUAACCAACAGAAGACUUGUGGAGCUUUUGUGGUUUGCUGAGGGUGGGGGUGGGAGAGGGACUGGAAACCUCCCUCCCCGGUAGGGAUGCCCUGGAGGAGGGGAAGCCUGAUAUUCAGGGUCAAAACAGCCCUUCUGAUUCAGAAGCCCAGAGUAGGGGAUUCUGGAAGCCGGUAUACAGAACUGGGGAGGGAACCCCCUCAGGCCCCCCGUCUGACUCCCCCAGAGAGUUGGAGGACUCAGCCGGGCCUCUCUGGCCACUUCAAAGUCUGGGCUGCUGGAGAGCUACCCCCGUGGCCUUUUCUUCCUCAGUCCGAGGCAGAAAAAGACCACCUCCCGGUGCCCUCCACGAGCCCCUAGGGUAGGGGGUCUGUGUCGGGAGCUAUGUGGCAGGCACGUUCCGAGCGCUCAGAGGGGCCCAGCUGACUUGUCUCUCUGUCCCCAGUGGCCCAGCCCCAUCCAAGGAUGGGUCCGGCCUGGGCGUGGCAGGGAGGGGGCGAUUUGGGAUGAUCAAGCCAGGGCCUCCACUAGGGGCUGGGGAGCCACUGUGACUGUCCUGGUCAGCAAGGAGCACGUGGAGAGCUUGCUGGCUUGUCUCGUUUGAGGGACCUGAUGCGGUGGGGUUAGGGCAGGUGAGAGCCCGCAGAAGCAGGCCCUUCAGCUCUGCAGGCUUCUGCACAUCAGUGCUGCAGCCCAGGCCGGAGGAACCUGCGGGGUCCCUCUGUGUGUAGGUGGGGACUCCUUGGUGACAGACCACCCCGGCCAGACUCCUUAACCCAUCAGGCUGUGAAGCCUCCUGGGGACAGUGUGGGCCAGUGGGCUCCUCAAGGCUGGUGGGGACUUCGAGCCUUGAGGGAACUGCAGAGAAAGCCGCGCUCUUUCAUAGAUGCGCCAGCCUCUUGGGCGGAAGGUGUUCGGAGCCCUGCGGGCUUCCGGUUCGCACUGCCCCUCUCCGUGCGCAGGAGGCCAGUGCCUCUCCCUGCUCUGUGAGCGUUGCCCAGUGGGCUGCCCCAUCCCUGGGUCCACAGGGCCUGUCGGGGGAGACCCAGUGAGAAUGUAGCAUUUUGUCCCUCCCAGGUUAGCUGUCCUGGGUUCUAGGCACUCUGCCUCUGGGAGAGAAACAAGGACAGAGAGAGGGGUUGGGGACUCAUUGUUUUUAAACCUGUACAGAAUAUUUGGCUUUGUGUUCUUCACAUGCAUAUAUGUGUGUGUAUCUUUUCCCCCAUCAAUUGGUACAGUUUUUAAUAAAACCAUUUAAAGCAAA